AUGGCAUUAGUUGACGCAAACUAUAUGUUCACUUAUGUCGAUAUUGGUUGUCAAGGUCGUAUAAGUGACGGUGGGGUUUUUAGAAACACAUAUUUAUGGCAUAAAUUAGAGGCAAAUGAAAUACUGUUGCCAUCAGAUGAGCCACUCCCCUCAAAAACAGAGUUAAUGCCUUAUUUAUUCAUAGGAGAUGGUGCAUUCUCAUUGGGGAAAAAUAUGAUGAAACCAUACACAGGAGUUUAUGAAAAAGGCAGUAUCAAACGUAUAUUUAACUAUCGAUUAUCAAGAGCUCGAAGAAUUGUCGAAAAUGCGUUUGGUAUUAUGUCAUCUGUUUUUCGUGUUUUCCGAAAACCAAUUUUACUGAAUGAACAGAAAGCUACAGAUAUCACAAUGACGUGUGUAUUACUACACAAUUUUUUAAGGAAGAGUAAAACUUCUAAAACAAGUUAUUCGCCUCCAGGAGCGUUUGAUUCUGAUAAAGAAAGCGAAUUUUGUCCGGGAUCCUGGAGAAAUGAUCAAGAAGUUAUGUCCUCGUUUGUACCACUAAGGUAA